GGGAGAUCUAGCUCCUUAAAAAAGAAAGAAAAGCUGAAAUCAAAUUCUCUUUUCCUUAGUCACUGCUUGUUAGGGUUUUGAUUUUUUUGAAAAGAAUUCAUUCAUUCGUGGUUGUAGUAGAUUUGAGAAGAAAAAAUCUGUGUACAAUAAGCCGAUGCUCUGGAACAAACAAUGAAGGAAGCAUGGUAAUGUGCACAGAAAUUGAAUCCUCCGAUGGGUCAACAUGUCUGCUCCCUCUGAACCCCCUUUCUGGGAGGCAUUGAUGAGGGGGCCUGGUUUCGACCCACAAUUUUUUCACUGUCUGAUGGCAUGUUUGAAUUUGUUUUAUAUCAGAUCUGCCUGGGAUUGGCUUUCUUGUUUAUGUGUUUGAAAUCAAUGUCUGCAAUUUGGGCUGUUUAUGUGAAAUUAAAAGAAGCAAAAGUGUUCAAAUUACUAGCCCUUUGUUGUCAAAUUACUGCUACUAAUUGGUAGUUGGUAGUUGCAAUAUAGCAAUUUAAGGGUGAAAAGGGGAGAAUGACUGGGCUAUGGCCUUGAGAGGCAUUAAAAAGCAAGGGAUGGGUAUUUGAUUUUGAUGGUGUUAGACCUUAACAUGGUUUGAAUAUUGAUGCACCUAAGCCAAAUUCAUCAUCUAAACUAGAAUAAAUGAAAAUGUAAAACUGACAAGUAAUGAGCAAUCAAGGAAUAUGUAGUAAAAUGAAAAGAAUUCCAGUAUUCUUCAAUGAAAAGAAUUACAUUAUUCUUUUUUGAUUCCAAACAUAACCAACACAUGGAGGCUUUGGUGACAAUUAAGGAAUAUUUACAUUCCCAUGUAUAUAUUUCAACUGAAAGUUGGAGUUAUGGUCAUCAUUGGACAAAAAACGUUUUCCUGAAGAUGCCUAAGCACCGCAACUAUUCGCCAUUGCGUCCAUGCGUGAAUCAUUUCAGCCACCGCCAUCCUCUGCGACCUAUCGAUCAAAUAAGAGAAGAGGAAGAACUCAUUUGCUCUGGUUGCGGCCUUGAAGUCACAGGUUCAACUUUCAUGUGCAGCAAGUCUGACUGCGAUUUCCUUCUUCAUAAGUCAUGCUUCGAAUUGAAUUUGGUGCUGCAACACAAAUCCCACCCUCCCCACUCUCUCAAACUUCUCUGCACCCCUCCUGACAAUUAUGGUAGGAAAAUUUUCAUUUGUAAUGCUUGCCAUGACUAUGGCACCGGUUUUGACUACCAUUGCUCCAUAUGCCAAUUUGAUCUCCAUGUUGGAUGUGCUAAACUGCCCAAAACCAUAAAGCAUAAAGAUCACCAACAUUUGCUUAGUCUCUACUGUUCCUUCUCGUGCAUCAAGGAGAAUAUUGAAGCCUUCGUUUGUGAUGUUUGUGGCCAGGAUGUACCAGAUCGACUCUGGGUUUACCACUGUGAAAAAUGCGAUUUUGGUAUCCACUUACGAUGUACAAUUCCUGAUACGGUCCUGAAGAAAGAUAUUUAAAAGGUCUCAACUAAACCAUAAGGAGACGUUUGCUAUGGUGUAAGUAGAGAAAUUUCCAUUUAUUUAAGUUGGGUGUAAUGUGAUUAUAUGGUUUGAUUUGUAAAUUACACAUGGGAAAGUCUUCCCAUUGUAAAGUCGGUACAAAGAUUAAAGGGCAUGUCAUACCCCAUUAAUCUAUUUUCUAUUUAUACUUUCCCCAUAUUUGUGAAUUUAUUUUGUUAUUUUGUAUGUUUAAUUUCACCUAUUCAAUUUGCAACAUAGAUCUU